AUGCCGCCUCGCUGCCGUGGAGCUUCGGGCUACCGCGGCGUCCGCGUGCGUCCGUCCAGCACCUACUCCGCCGAGAUUCGGGCAGGCGGCGGCAUGCGCCUCCGCCUUGGAACCUUCGACACCGCCCAGGAGGGCGCCCGCGCGUACGACGCUGCGGCGUGGCGCCUCCUGCGGUCCCGUCAGGACAUGAACUUCGCCGACGUGGCGACGCGGAAGCGGGCACAUGAGUUGGCGCAUUUUCCGCGGCUUCUCAUCGAUGAGGAUCGUCCCAAGCACCGUAGGCGGAAGCAUCGUCUCAGGCUGGCCGAGAUGGGCGAGCAAGCCAUGGCGCUGUUGAAAGAACUAAUUAUCGACUAG